UUCGCGCUGGUUUUGGCCGAAGGAGGAGGCGGAGACCAAAAGGCGGCGAGCGAGCGGAGCGUUCGGCAGCGCGGAGGGUUUGCCAUCAGGGCCGGGGGAUGCGAGGGCCCUCGGGGCGCCGCGGAGCAACAUCAAAUUGGAAAUCUCUUUAAUUGAAUGGAUUUCAAAAGUGGUUCUCUGCUGUUAACCAAAAAAAGUGGCAAUCACAUCAAAAUGAAGCAAGUACCAGAAAUCCUUGGAAAUGCUACAGUAAAAACACAGAAUUGUGAAGUGAACCGGGACUGUUCUGUCUACCUGGGCAAAACACAUCUUUCUACCACACUACAGGAGGAUGUUAUGCCAAAGUAUAAUGGCCAUGAUGCUCUUCCAUUCAUCCCAGCAGACAAACUGAAAGAUCUCACUUCUUGUGUAUUUAAUGGAGAAUCAGAAACACAAGAUAGCAAGCUGCAUUUUGAAUCUCGGGAUAUAAAAGAAGCAGGAACCCCACCUCACACUACACCUGUCAAGAACGGCUCCCCAGAGAUUAAAUUGAAAAUCACAAAGACUUACAUGAAUGGAAAACCUCUGUUUGAAUCUUCAAUUUGUGGUGAUAAUGGAAUGGAAGUUCCUCAGGUUGAAGAAAGCGAGAAAAAGACAUCAAAUAAGGAGAGGAGAAACAGAAAAAGAAGCAACAAAUAUGACUCUGUACUUGAACAAGAAUUUGUUGAAGCAUCAUCUGUGUCAAAUGCAUCUAGUCCCUAUGAGAAGAAACUCCCUGCUAGUGAAGAUUUAGUUCCAGGAAAUGAUGACAACAGCGAUCUACUGAGGUACCACAUAGGAGACAUUGUAUGGUCCAAAGUAUCUGGUUAUCCGUGGUGGCCAUGUAUGAUUUCAACUGAUCCGCUUCUUCAUAACUUCACUAAAUUAAAUGGUCAAAAGAAAAGCUUUCGCCAAUAUCAUGUACAGUUUUUUGGAGAUUCUCCAGAACGAGCUUGGGUAUUUGAGAAAAGUCUUGCAUCAUUCAAAGGAGAAGAACAGUUUGAACAAUUAUGCCAGGAAAGUGCAAAGCAUUCCCUUACCAAAGCAGACAAAAUAAAGAUGUUAAAACCUGUUGCUGGAAAACUGCGCCCGCAGUGGGAAAUGGGUGUUAAACAAGCAAAAGAUGCGUUAUCAUUGACAAUGGAAGAACGGAAAACCAAAUAUACUUUCAUUUAUAUUAGGGGAAGACCUCUUCUUAAUCCCCAAGUAGCAAAAGAAGCAGGUCUUGUUGUUAAAUCUUUGGAAGAAAUGGAUAAAAUUUACACAGAUGAAGACAUCUCUCAGUCUUUGAAAUCAAGGAAAGGUUACGAUACUCCUGCCAAGAGGAGGAGGAAAGCAAAAUUGCUUGUAAUGACUGAAUCUGAAGAAGACUUCAUGCAUGCUAAGGAUAUCGGCAUGUCUGAUAAGAAUAGUAAUCCUGAAAAGGACCUUGAAGAGGGAGAAGGCAAAAGAGUCUCAGGGUCUCCUAUCAGUAGAAAAAAGGCUGUUACAUAUAUUCCACGAGGCAGAAAAGGAGACGCAGGUUCCCAAUUCUUGGUUUUUUGUCAGAAACACCGAGAUGAGGUGGUUGCUGAACACCCAGAAGCUUCAACUGAUGAAAUUGAAGAGCUGCUGGAAUCACAGUGGAACAUGCUUAGUGAAAAACAAAAAGCACGCUAUAACACAAAAUUUGCCAUAAUGACCUCUCCCAAAUCUGAAGAAGAUACUGGUAACUUACAUGGAAAUAAAAGGAAGCCAAUAAAGAGGACAAAGAAACACACAGAAGAUUUUGAAGCUGAGGAGGCACCGAAGAAGAGGCUCAGAAUGGAAAAAAGGAAUUAUCGGAAGAGGGAGAAAAGCAAUGACAAAACAGAAAAAACAUACUCUUCUAAGAUCACAGAAACAUCUUCACAAAAGAACCAGUCAGGUCUAUCAGAUGCAUGUAAACCACUGAAGAAGCGAAAUCGAGUUUCAGCAGCAGAGUCUUCACAUCUUGGUUAUAGCAAAAGUUCAUCCCCUUCAGCUUCCUUAACUGAGAAUGAGAUCUCAGAUAGCCUGGGAGAUGAACGAUCAGAGUCUCCUUAUGAAAGUGCCGAUGAGGCACUAGCAGAAAUAUCUCAGUCCAAAAAGUCUGAUCGAGGAGCUGCAGCAAAAAAGGAAUAUGUAUGCCAGAUCUGCGAAAAGCCUGGAGAUCUGCUGUUUUGUGAAGGACGCUGUUUUGGUGCUUUUCAUGCAGGCUGCACAGGUCUAUCUGCAAAGCCCUUAGGACACUUUAUUUGUACUGAAUGCUCUUCAGGUAUUCAUUCAUGUUUUGUGUGCAAAGAGAAAAAAUCUGAGGUGAAACGCUGCAUUGUAUCACACUGCGGAAAAUUUUACCAUGAAACAUGUGUUAAAAAAUUCCACCUGACAGUAUUUGAAAAUAGAGGUUUUCGAUGCCCUCUUCACAGUUGUGUCAGUUGCCAUGUUACUAGUCCUUCUAAUCCUAAAGUGUCUAAAGGCAAAAUGAUUCGAUGUGUUCGGUGUCCUAUUGCCUAUCAUGCUAGUGAUGCUUGUGUUGCGGCAGGAUGUUCAAUGAUCACUUCCAGUAGCAUUAUUUGUACCAACCACUUCACUGCCAUGAAAGGAAAGAGCCAUCAUGCACAUGUUAAUGUAAGCUGGUGUUUUGUGUGCUCCAAAGGUGGAAGCCUUUUAUGUUGUGAAUCUUGCCCUGCUGCCUUUCAUCCAGAUUGCUUAAACAUAGAAAUGCCAGAUGGAAGCUGGUAUUGCAAUGAUUGCAAAGCAGGAAAGAAAAUUCGUUUUCAGGAUAUUAUUUGGGUCAAACUGGGAAAAUACAGGUGGUGGCCUGCAGAAGUCUGCCAUCCAAAAAAUGUUCCCCCAAAUAUCCAGAAAAUGAAACAUGAAAUCGGAGAGUUCCCUGUGUUUUUCUUUGGGUCUAAAGAUUAUUACUGGACCCAUCAGGCUCGUGUCUUUCCUUACAUGGAAGGAGAUCGGGGAAGUCGAUACCAAGGAAUGAAAGGAAUUGGAAAAGUCUUCAAAAAUGCUUUGCAAGAUGCUGAAGCACGUUUUCGAGAAAUAAAAUUUCAACGUGAAGCUAAGGAAACUCAGGAAAAUGAACGCAAACCUCCUCCUUACAAACACAUCAAGGUAAAUAAGCCUUUUGGAAAGGUUCAGGUGUAUACUGCUGACAUUUCUGAGAUUCCCAAAUGCAACUGCAAACCCUCUGAUGAAAACCCCUGUGGCUUUGAUUCUGAAUGUCUAAAUCGGAUGUUGAUGUACGAGUGUCACCCACAAGUGUGUCCAGCCGGAGAGCGCUGCCAAAACCAAUGCUUUACUAAACGCCAGUACCCCGAAACAAAGAUCAUAAAAACUGAUGGCAAAGGAUGGGGCUUGAUUGCAAAGAGAGACAUUAAAAAGGGUGAAUUUGUGAAUGAAUAUGUUGGUGAGUUAAUUGAUGAUGAGGAGUGUAUGGCAAGAAUCAAGUAUGCUCAUGAAAACGACAUCACACACUUUUACAUGCUUACUAUUGAUAAGGACCGCAUAAUUGAUGCUGGACCCAAAGGAAAUUAUUCUCGUUUUAUGAAUCACAGCUGUCAGCCUAAUUGUGAGACUCUGAAGUGGACAGUACAUGGCGACACCCGCGUGGGACUAUUUGCUGUGUGUGAUAUUCCUGCAGGGACAGAGCUGACCUUUAAUUACAACCUUGACUGUCUGGGAAAUGAAAAAACUGUGUGUAAAUGUGGUGCUCCCAACUGUAGUGGUUUUCUUGGGGACAGACCAAAGAAUUCAUCCUCUAAUGCUUCAGAGGAGAAAGGAAAGAAAACCAAAAGAAUAAGGAGGCGGAAAAGCAAGAGCAAAGCGAGGAAAAAAACUGAGGACUAUUGUUUCCGCUGCGGUGAUGGAGGGCAGCUGGUGUUAUGUGACAGAAAAUUUUGUACCAAGGCAUACCAUCUCUCCUGUCUUGAUUUAAUAAAGCGCCCCUUUGGAAAAUGGGAAUGCCCUUGGCACCACUGUGAUGUGUGCGGCAAGCUUUCUGUUGCCUUUUGCCACUUCUGUCCAAACUCUUUUUGCAAGGAUCAUCAAGAUGACGCAGUGCUUGAUUCUAACUUAAGCGGACAGUUGUUCUGUACAGACCAUAUUGAGGAGAACUUCACAGAAAAGAAGGUGAAGAGAACUGCCAGGAAAAUGAUCACGCUGAAGUCUAAGAGAAGACAAAGAAACAAAUGGAAGAAGGCGGAAUGUAAAUAGUAUUCAACUGCAGUUUCUGCUACCUGUACUGUCUUGUAGAUACGUUGUGAAUAGAGUGAGGGAAGGACACAUAUUUUACAUACGUGCAAGAAUGGGUUUGCGGAAAUCAUUUUAAUCCACUGAGCCAAUCGCAGCAGGAUGUCCUGCCGUAACUGCACUGAUCAUGAGUUCUGGCAUGCCAAGUUCAAACACUUUCAGGACAAACCAAGUUUACUUUUCAGCAAUAAUGACAACACUUGAACUGUCAGGAGUGAAACAGUUCUCUCCAGUACUUCCCAGUUGGAGGUAUGUUGAUUCCCAACCAAUUAAGGUGUUUUGAAAUAGUAGUCACCAUCCAAGUGUUUAGUACUUGAAAGAUGUGAUUAGCUUUUAAACUGAAUGUUGUGGGGAGAACUGCCUUUCUUGCCUGCAUAAAGUGCAGAGCACAGUAUGGAUAUUUGGCUUGAUUUUUUAUAAUUUUAUUGUAACAGUAUUCUAUCAGGGAAUAAAAAUAUGAGGGAUGGAAGCAAACAUACCUGUGGGAAUCUCUGAAAGAAAGAGCCCCAUCUCUCAUUUGGACUUCAGAUAAGCAAAGUGAUUCAUGGCCCAAGUCCACCUAUAAACGGAUACUGAAUUUUUAGCUCUGUUUUUACGAUUUUAUUUGCAUAAUAAAAGUCUUUCAAAAUCAAACUAAA